UGGCACAUAUGUGGAUGGUACUCUGCCCUAUUCUGAUUUCAGUGCUUUAUGCCUCAGCUGAAAACUGUCUUACUGCCAUCAUUGGGGAGACUGUGCUACUUCCCUGCUCUCUGAACACUGAAGAGUCCUUAAAGACAGAGGACUCUGCAGUUGAAUGGACAACAUCUCAAGGUGACAUUGUUCAUACAUUUAUGAAUGGAGGAGAUUACCUGAAAAACCAGGACCCCCAGUUCAAAGGCAGAACAGAGCUCUUCAGAUCUGAACUCUCACAUGGUAACUUCUCACUGAGGCUGUCAAAUGUGUCAGUCACUGAUGAAGGGGAGUUUGUGUGUAAGUACAGCAAAAACAACAAAGGGAACACAAUUCAGUCUGAGCAGUGCCUUCAAAUUGCAGGUCAUUACUCUGUCCCAGUUGUCCAUAGGCCAGCAGUGGCGAUAUUUAAAGACAGUGAGGUUGAUUUCACCUGCAUAUCUGCUGGGGGAUUUCCUGAGCCAAAGGUCCACUGGUCUGUGAAUAAGAAGCCGCUUCAGGACUCAAGCCGAGUGAAUACAAGAAUGAGCAGAGACAGCAGAGGGCUUUACAACUUGACCAGUGUCCUGACACUGAAGGUGACAGAAGACGUGUCUGUGACCUGCACUAUUGACAAUGAGAGGCUGAGAGAGAAGAAGACAUCAGCUGAGAUUCAGAAUCUGAUUACAACUGAGAAAGAGCAAAAGCAAGAACAUGGAGGAGCCUGGGCAAUAGGAGGGUUAGUGGUAGUGAUGGUGCUACUGCCUGCUUUGAUAGCUGUGAUUAUGUGGAAUUAGAAGAUGAUAAUAAGGAGGAUGAGGAGAUCAGGAAAGAAAGUUAUGAAGAAAAUGCGGACAAUUAGCCACCAUUUUCCUGUUUUGCAGAUGUGCAUGCGAAAUCUGGACAUUAAGUACCGUUAACAUGACCUAAUGGCAAAAGUCAAGCAUUAAAAUAAAUGGGGGUGAAUAAUAUUGAAAUAAUUAUUUUAUAAAUUUGAUACAGAACAUCACUAAGAUCUUUACCCUUCCUCAAUGCGAUGUUUAAUGUUUUUCAUUUCACAGUACACUUAAAUCCACAAACCUCACAGUCCAUUUUUCCUCCAGUUAUAUAAUGUUAUGCUAAACCUUCGGUGCCUUCUGUGAUUCUGGGGAAUGUGAACUCAAUCUCAAAUAAGAUCGACGAACUGGCUGCGCUGGUGAAAAAUGUCAGAAACUAAAGAGAAUGCAGUUUGUUGUGUUUUUGCGAAACGUGGCUAACUAACACCAUCCCAGAUGCUAAUGUGGAACUACCCGGGUUUAGCACAGUUAGAGCGGACAGAGAUGCGAGUACCUGUGGGAAGCACAAAGGAGGAGGACUCGCUCUCUAUGUUAAUACACGGUGGUGUAACUCUGGACAUGUUAACGUCAAAAUCUCCACUUGCUGCAGGGACAUCGAACUGUUGGCCGUAAGUUUAUGUCCCUAUUACUUGCCCAGAGAGUUUGGACACGUCAUUGUUGAGGACUAUUUCAUUUAUGUUAGGUUGAAUGCCCAGAGGGGACUGGCCGGUCUCGUGGCCUGGAACCCCUACAGAUUUUAUUUUUUUCUCCAGCCUUCUGGAGUUUUUUUUUUUGUUUUUUCUGUCCACCCUGGCCAUCGGACCUUACUCCUUUUCUAUGUUAACUAAUGUUGUCUUAUUUUAAUUUUGUAUUUUGUCUUUUGUUUUUCUUUUCUUCAUUAUGUAAAGCACUUUGAGCUACUUUUUGUAUGAAAAUGUGCUAUAUAAAUAAAUGUUGUUAUUGUUGUUAUUGUAUACAUUCCUCCUUGGGCGGAUGUGGAGUCAG